AGCAGCCAAUACUACCGUUGUACCAUGCCUACCAGAGAAGCAACCUACAAAACAAGAAAAGAGACCGGACAAAUACUCUUUCUUCCUUCAUCCUAUCAUUCAAGAAAAGAACUUUGCAAGGUAGACAUGCUUCUGUCUUCUCCUUGAAAAAUGCUAUUUAUGGGUUGCAUCCAUCUCAUAACUUCACAGUUACAAGAUCGCCUAAUCGUUCCUCAUAGCUACAUUCUUGCAGUGGACAGUACUUUGAACUUUCAUUUUUCAGCAAACAGUGUUGAAAUGCAAGGACUUGUCCAGGGAGUAAGAUCUUGCCAGGAUACCCUCAGAGUGGCAAUUCUAAGGCAUCCUCAUGUAAGAGACAUAAAUGAGAGGAGAAAGAUAUUAUCACAUUCUGGAUGUGUGACCUCCUCUCCUCCAGUGGGAGAGAAAGGACUAGAGAAUUUAACAGUGGCAGAUGUACUGGUGACAAAGGGAGAAGAAAAGGUUGGCUCUUGGCUCUGGUGCCGCACCACUGACACCGUUUAUGAUGCUGUGAAGAAUAUGGCGCAGAAUAAUAUUGGGUCACUGGUAGUCUUAGGAGAACGAGAGCUUAUCGCAGGAAUUAUCACAGAGAGAGACUAUCUGAGGAAGAUAAUAGCACAAGGGAGAUCAUCUAAAUACACAAGAGUUGGGGAAAUUAUGACAGAUGAGAACAAGUUAAUAACUGUGGCAUCUGACACAAACAUUCUACAAGCAAUGAAGCUGAUGACAGACAAUCACAUUCGGCAUGUUCCUGUCAUAGAUGGAAAGAUGGCUGGGAUGGUUUCCAUGGUAGAUGUGGUUCGAGCUGUGGUGGAGCAGCAGGGUAGAGAAUUGAAGCGGCUGAACGAGUUCAUUAAAGGAGAAUUCUAAUAGAAUCUAACAAUAUCAAUGUAUGAAAGCUUCCUGCUUGUAUGGAUAACAUGUCUUCAGAAUCUACUCGCAUCAAGAUCUCUUUAAAUCUCACAUAGAAGAAAAGAAAAACUUGGAUCCAGAAACUGACAGACAUGAAUGGUGGGAUUGCUGUCUGAGCAUAACCUCAACUCGUAAGAUCAGUCAAAGAAAAACAUUGGUUACGAAGAUGUCUAUGGGUAUGCCUCCAGUCUUGUGUGGACAAUGUGUGCAAGAGCGCAAUGCAAUCCAGCAUCUGACAGCGAAAUAUCAUAGCUCAUGUAAAGCAACACGUUUAGCUAAUACAAAAUGAAGCAACCUGCUUCUUUCAAUUAAUUA